AUGACGACGUUGUACUGAUAUACACCGUGCGUUGGUAAGGUGGUGUUUGAUUGUAUCAGGUGGGUAGAGGGACGCUCAAACCACAUGCAAAUAUUCUCGUCUUUGUGAGGAGCGUUGCGAACGUUCAUUACCCAGCAAGCAAGAAUACUGAAAAACGGUUCAUUAAGUAUUAUUACAUGACGAACUGAGGGCGCUACGAGGUAAAUAUACCAAAGGCUCAGGAAAAUAGUGAAGCAAGGUUUACGAAGAAUCUAGGGCUACAGCGGCAUGUUCAUCAUUGAAAAUAACUGCAUAAGAUUUCACUGAACACUCGCGCUUCUGUCUGACAAUAAUUUCCUACCAUGCCAAGAAAAGACAGGAAAUCAGAAAAAGGAUCCAAUGAUUUUUCAAUAUUCCAUAUUGAUGACCCAGAAACUUUCAAUCCUUCUUCACUUGAGAAUGAGCUGUUGGAGCUCCUUGGCACAGACAGGCUACCCAACGACGAUGAUCGGUCAAGUGAAGAUCUGGAUGAAAAUGAUCCCAGACUCCUCGCGGAACUGGAAGCGUUCGUCUCACGAGGCGAUCCGGAACCAAACGAGCAACGAUUAACAUCGGUGUCUUCCUCAGCAGCGGUAUUGGAUGAGAUUAAUCAUCGUGUUGCGGUUUACUAUUCGGCAAUUGAAAACUUGCGUUCCACCGAGCCAACUGAUUCACCGAAAUUAAAACGUUAUGAGCGCGUGAUUCAGCAUCUCGGUGAACUGGCGACCCGCGUUUCUAGGGGCAAUAUCGUUAGCCUCGAUGAACUCCCUCCUCUGCCCCCUCCGAUUGCUGCUGCUGGCGCAUCUGAGAAGACAUCACAAGCACCAACGGCGAACACUUUUCCCUUAACCAACAUGGGUGACCCUGCGCCCCCAUCAACGGAGUCUUACACCGCCAAUCGUGAUAGUGCAGAGAGACCACCGACUAUGGUUCGAAACCCACUCGCAACUGGUGUGGCGUCCUCUUCUGGAGCUCUCGUUGCCCUCAGAAAGCGCUGUCAAGAGUACAAGCUGGCUGCCGUCCAAGCUCGUGAUCGAGGUCAACUCGCUCGAGCCAAGGAGCUUUUGGUGGCGUCGAAAUUCAUCGAAGAAAUGAUACCCAAAGUGGAAUCGGGUGAGGAGCCUUUCGAUCCCGAGUCCGAUAUGCCUCCUCCACCCGACGAAUUUGGAUCCCCUGAGGAGGAAAACGAUGAACCUCAGCCACCGAAAAAGUCAGACGCUGAAUCCGGGAACACCACAGGCGCACAGGCCCCGCCACCAGCCAUGCUGAGCCCUGUGGUCACAGCCGAGAAUCUCCAUCUACGAGCGGAAUAUUAUAGGGUCCUGAUGCAACAGGCAAAAUUAAAUCCAGCUGAUUCCAGCAAGGCGCGCAGAUAUGCUCGGGUUCUGACACAAUACGAAAAUGCAGUGAAAGCUUUUCAGCAUGGUGUUUCCAGUUUUGAUUAUAGUGAGCUUCCACCCCCUCCCAAUUGUCCGAAGCUUGCCAGACGAGCUGAAGGGGGUUCCUCGGUCGUUCAGGGCAACACCAGUUCGGUACCAGCAGCACACGAUCCACCAACAACAGCCGGAGCCGAUGGCAGAAAACAACGAAUGCUCACACUACUGAAAGCUCGUCAGGCGGAAUUGAAAGCAGCCGCCCUAACGGCGAAGGAGAGUGGAGAUAUGGAUUUGGCGAGAACACACCUGCGCGCCGCACUGAGUAUCAAUCCACUGAUCGAAUCAGUUGAGGCAGGUAUCCCUUUCGAUUUAUCCAAGUUGCCGAAAGCGCCGACAGCAGGACUUAGCAAAUCGAAUUCCGGGUCAGCUCUAGGCUACAAGGGACCGGUCAUCACUGGAGUGGCCUGUGAUCCUCCCAUGCAACUGCAGCUGGAUUUGGAAGCUGCUGCCAGCGAAUCGGAUCGUAAUCGCAUUCUUCUGGGUGAACUUAAAAGUCAAAUUACUGAGGCCAGGGAAUGUGCCGAGGAAUUGUCCCGGGCUGGUCUCACAGAGUUGUCAAUGAAACUGAAGGAGUUGGCUCGAUUUGGACAAUCCAGUGCCUCCUUUUUCACUUCCUGCGUUGAAAAGCACCGACCAAUCUCAUACUCUUUCGAGUGGGCUAACCUCCCAAAACUGAAUAUGAAUCAUGAUCUUGGCGACAACGUGCUCGAGGUUAGCAUUUUACGUGGGAUCACAUUUCCUGUCCCGUCGGAUGUAUCGGGCCCGGACAGAGUGGACACUCAGGUUGAAUUGCAGGUGCCGUUCCCGUCCUCGGAGAAUCCACAGAAACACUCCACGGAGUGGAUCAAGCACACUUGUGAUCCUGCCUACGAUUCGGUAGCUCGGUUUCAGGUGGAGACACGUUCCCGCUCAUUUCAGUUCUCCGUGAAAAACAACAGAGCUAUCAAGGCUUGCGUCUACUACAGUCGCGGACUCUUCCGAAGACCCGGAUUACUGGGCACUGCUUCCAUUCCGCUUGGGCCGUUGGCCAAUACCGCCACAGUCACGCAUCUGGCUGAUCUAAUGGACGGUCGCAAAGCUGUCGGCGGACGGCUGGAAGUGCGCAUCCGUCAACGCUCCACUGGCUCGGGCCCGCAAAUGACCUCAUACCGCAAGCCGUGGUUACUGCUGAACCUGCCAAAAUCAUCGCACGCACCACCAGCCACUAGUCAAUCAUCAGGAACCCGACCUUCACCCCCCAGUUGUUCUGAGCCUCAAAAUAGUCCCACAAAAACUGUAACGGUCGAGAUCAAACGCACCAGCAGAGAUCGUAGUGAGAGUAGCCCCAAGUCACCGAGCAUGGAACGUUCCCGCACGAUAGUGGCCCCGCACGACUCCAAUAACAUCUAUAGUUUAGAGGUGCUCAAGGAUGACAAACUCAAAACUGAACAGUGCCUAGCAAAUCCAGAGAUUUCACCAGCUGAGCGAACCAGAAAUCAAUCCAAUUUGUCCACUAUCAACCGGUUAAUUGAGGGGUUGGAGCGCCGUCUCAGUGGGGGGAACUCAGAGGUGGAACGCGAGCGCUAUGUGGCGGAAUUGCAUUCACUGGUAACUCAAACACGCCGCAAAUACGACGACGCCAAAGCGCGCCAAGACAACGCAAGUAUGUCUCGAUACAAGCGCCGAUUGGGUCUGAUUACCAACGAAUUAGAACGAUACAGCCAUGGAUCGUUGACCGCAUCACACGUGGGAGGCCGCAGUCGAAAUCGAUGAUUAGCUGUAUCUGCCUGCUUCUCGGCGGGUCCGCUUCUUAAUCAGCAUGAUUUUGUAUUUUUACCAACUUUACCGACAUAACCAUUUGCGACACUCUUGGUCAGAUGCCCCACUCAUUCAGAGCCACUCCCGAGCCCCAUGGAGGCGUGUGAUUCCUAUUUUUGACGGUUUGUUUCUCUUUAUGUACCAUGAAACGAUGAAAGUGCAACAGAGAAGAACCAGAUGCCUGUUUCUUUAUUUUCCACUUGAGUAUAGUUUCUUUCAGUAAUAAAGCCAAUUUCAUACGGGCUCUUGU